CUUAAAGAGCUGAGGGUGAAGACUGAAGACGGUGAGAAUCUCACUUUGACUCCAAAAUGUGCAAAAUCAGAAAGCUAAUCUGCCUGAAAGCGGACAACAAAGUAUCGAAUUCUUUCCCUGGUUCGCAAUUAACACGCUUCGGAUUUAGGGGAUUUAAAAUUCUGAAAGAGAAUCGUUAGACAAGAAUGGAUGCGUGAUCAAGAGAGCGCGCGCUUUGAUCGGCAGGGUUCUUCCUUUAUCUGAAGAACACUGAUCGACGCACACACAGCCAACCUGUUUGAUGAAAUGCUUGAAUGAGGAGAAGAAAGAGUCUCCAUGUUGUGAGCUUACAUAUUGCUGUAUAUCAGGCACCGGAUUCGAUUUCUUGACAGAAUCUUGAGAAUUUCUCAACAUAUGGAUCGGAAAACGGCGUCCGGCCACCGGAAAGUUGUGCUGCUGCUCUUGAUUUCUUGUCUGUGUGUUGCUGUGGGAGAUACUGCCAAGAAUGGAAGUCUUGAGGCUGUUUCGAGCAGGCCGAGUGAGGUGAAUGUUGGAGCUUUGUUCACUUGGGAUUCGGUUAUCGGGAGGUCUCUUGGCCCGACGAUUGUCGCUGCCAUCGAAGAUGUUAAUUCGGACAAUACGGUAUUGAAGGAUGUUAGAAUCAAGCUCACCUUGCAGGACACCAAUUGCAGUGGCUUUCUUGGAACAGUUGAAGCUAUGGAGCUAAUGGGAAAAGAUGUUGUGGCUGUGCUCGGUCCGCAGUCAUCGAGCAUCGCACAUCUCAUUUCUCACGUCGUGAACGAGCUUCAUGUGCCGCUGUUAUCUUUCGCAACGGAUCCCACCCUAUCGUCGCUGCAGUACCCAUAUUCCCUCCGCGCUAUCACUAGCGACUAUUUCCAGAUGUAUUCGAUUGCUGAUCUGAUAGAGUACUUCAACUGGAGGGAGGUGGUCGCCAUUUUCGUGGAUGAUGACUACGGUCGAAAUGGGAUUUCUGUAUUGAGCGAUGCGCUUGCGAAAAACCGAGCAAAAAUCUCUUACAAGGCAGCUUUCCAGCCGGGGGCUUCGAUAAGCGACAUUAACAACUUGUUGGUGAAAGUGAACCUUCUGGAGUCGCGGGUUUACGUUGUGCAUGUAAACCCGGAUUCUGGUCUCGACAUCUUCUCGACAGCGAAAAGGCUUGGUAUGCUGAACAGCGGAUAUGUCUGGAUUGCUACCGACUGGCUUCCUUCUGUUCUCGACUCCUUAGAAACCAUCGAUUCGAAGACGGCUGAUCUUUUACAAGGGGUUGUUGCUCUUCGGCAUCAUACUCCCGAUUCUGACCAGAAGAAAAAUUUCGGUUCUAGAUGGGCAAGCAUAAAGAACAAACAGACGACGAAAUUCCAUUCCUAUGCUUUGUUUGCUUAUGAUUCAGUAUGGCUACUUGCGCGGGCGCUUGAUGAUUUCUUCAACGCCGGUGGGAACAUACGGUUCUCUAAUGAUCCAGCAUUGCGUCGGACGAAUCAAAGUGCGCUUAACUUGGAAUCGCUCCGAGUUUUCGAGCAAGGACAGAAACUGCUCGAUAUUCUAACAGCUAUGAACAUCACCGGUCUGACUGGAGAAGUCGGGUUUGAUUCCGAAAAGAACUUGAUUCAUCCAGCAUUUGAUGUUCUUAACAUAGGUGGAAACGGAAUGCGGACAAUCGGCUACUGGUCGAAUUACUCAGGACUGUCUGUCGUUACUCCCGAAACUUUAUAUUCGAAGCCACUCAACGGGUCUAAUAUCGAUCGUCGCCUCUAUAGCGUGCUCUGGCCAGGCGAAACAACCGAAAAGCCUCGCGGAUGGGUGUUUCCGAACAAUGGGAAACCUCUCCAGAUUGCAGUUCCUUACAGGGUUACUUAUCCUGAUUUUGUUACGAAGGAUAAGUCGCCGUUAGGUGUGAGAGGGUAUUGCAUCGAUGUAUUUGAAGCUGCUGUUCAGUUCCUGCCUUACCCCGUCCCGCAUCAGUAUGUGUUGUAUGGAGAUGGUCGAAGGAACCCUUCAUUCGGAAAUCUUGUCAAUGAUGUUUCGCAAAAUAAAUUCGAUGCUGCAGUCGGAGAUAUAACGAUUACUACAAACAGAACAAGGAUCGUGGACUUCACGCAGCCGUUUAUGGAAUCCGGUCUCGUCGUGGUUGCUCCAGUAAAGGAGACUAAAUCCAGCCCCUGGUCGUUCCUAAUGCCAUUUACUUGGCAAAUGUGGGUCGUAACCGGGACGUUCUUUGUUUUUGUUGGCGCUGUCGUUUGGAUUCUCGAGCAUAGGCUGAACACCGAGUUCCGUGGACCUCCAAGACAACAGCUUAUAACAGUCUUUUCGUUCAGUUUCUCGACCAUGUUUUUUGCGCAUCGAGAAACUGCUGUGAGCACGCUCGGGCGAUUAGUUCUCAUCCUGUGGCUUUUUGUGGUGCUGAUCAUAAACUCGAGCUACACAGCCAGUUUGACGUCGAUACUAACAGUGCAGCAGCUUUCUUCGGGGAUUCGAGGAAUAGACACAUUGAUCUCCAGCUCAGAUCCGAUAGGAAUCCAAGACGGCUCCUUCGCUUACAACUAUCUUAAAAACGAGCUGAACAUAGCGGAGUCAAGGCUCAGGAUUAUGAAAACUCAAGACGAUUAUGUCCAGGCUCUCCAGCGUGGCCCGGGAGGUGGAGGAGUCGCUGCCAUUGUCGACGAGCUGCCGUAUAUUCAGUUGUUCUUGGCCAGCACAAAAUGCCAGUUCAAGAUUGUUGGACAAGAGUUCACCAAAAGUGGGUGGGGAUUUGCAUUCCAAAGAGAUUCGCCAUUGGCGAUCGACUUAUCAACCGCGAUCCUCCAACUCUCGGAGAAUGGGGAGCUCCAACGAAUCCACGACAAAUGGCUGACGAAAGAAGGAUGCUCAAGCCAAGUGAAUCCCAUUGACGAAAACCGCCUCUCACUGAAGAGCUUCUGGGGACUUUUCCUUAUAUGCGGGAUCGCCUGUUUCAUCGCUCUGACAAUCUUCUUUGCCCGCGUAUGCAUGCAGUACUGCAAAUACAACGCUAGCGCUAUUCAGGACGGUGAUCAGCGUGACCUCGAGCAGUCGGGGCCUGCACGACCUUGUAGGCCCACGCUGCGCACGCCGAGCUUCAAAGAUCUCAUCGAUUUUGUGGACAAGAAGGAAGCCGAGAUCAAAGAUAAGCUGAGGAGGAAGAGCAACGGGGCAGAUUCGAAACGGGACGGCGAUGGGUCCAGCAGCUGAUGAAAUUUUAGAGAUAUAUGGCGAUGAAGUUUUUAGUUCCAACUUAUCUCUACUCAUGUAGAACCCAACCCCUAAGAGGGUUGUUUUUCACUCUGUAAAUAAUAAUUGAUUCAUAUA